AGCAUCUCCCCAGACAGAUGGUCCAGGGCCAGAGGAACCCCUACCCACAGGUCAACCAGUAUCAAGGAUCACCCCAGGAGAUGGCGGUGAGGAGCCAGGCCCUCCAGAACAUCCGCGCCACCCGCCUCCUCCAACAACAACAACAACAACAACAACAGAACCAGCAGAUGGUCCAGAUGAACCAGGGCAUCCCAGGGGGCUCGGUGGGUCCCCAACCCGACAUGGGCCUUCCCUACGGCGGGCAGGGGGCCGGCCAGCAGUCCCUCUACAGCCUCAACCCCUCCAUGAGCCAAAUGAUGCAGCACCAGAACCAAAGCGUCCAGGCCUCCAUGGGUCUUCCACCAGGACACAACCCAGCGGCGCAGGUCCAGAGGCAGGCGGGAGGAGGGGUUGGAGGUGGAGGAGGAUACGGAGGACCACAGGGGAUGAUGAUGAACUCCAUGUCCCAGCAGCCCCUCAAGGGGCCACCCAAAGCCCAGGCCCAGAGGUUGCAGGGCAUGCUGGGAAUUGGAGGAGGACCACAGGGAGGGAUGGGAGGGUGGCCACCCCAGCAGGGGCAGUCCCUCCAGGGGAUGGGAGGGCCAGGAGGGGUAGGAGGACCAGGCAGGACUACAGGCGAUAUGGUGGGCUUUGGCUCGGCCCAGGGGGGCUACGGCCCCAUGCAGCCUGGACCCGGACAACAGCCUCCACACCCACGCCUGGCCAAGCAACACUUCCCUGGGCACCCACAGGGCCACCCCCAGGCUAUGGGUCAGGGCCAGCCUAUGGACCCCAGGGCUAUGAACCCUGCGGCCGGCAUGGCCGGGCCCAUGAUUGCCCCUCACAUGGCUGGACCAGGACAGCCAAGGACCAACCAGCCCAGACCCAUGGUAAUGCCGGGACAGGGGGUGAUGGGCCAGGGCGUGCCCAACAUGGGGGCCUUUGGACAGGGGCCGGCAAUGGGGGUGGGCCCUGGAGGUGGUGGAGGGUAUGUGGGACAAGGAGGGGUAGGGGUCGGAGGUCAGCCUCAGGGCUACCAGAGGACGUCUAGUCAGGACCUGUCAUCUUAUGGAUACGUUGGCGGGCAGGUGGCGCCGUCGGGCGGAGGGUUCGGAUUGGCCGACGGGACAGGGGCGGACUUGGACUCAAGUGACGGUUGGAUGGAAGAGUUCUUCCCCAACCAAUAGCAGAGCUAGAAAUGUAGUGGGGAGUUUUUACUGGAGGGACUAACGACAAAACUGCGUGGGGAAAACUUUAUUGAGACGAGAGAACUGGACAGACAGACGGACAGUCGGCAUAUUUUGUUUUGUAACGCAUGAAGGGACAGGAAGAGUUCUGUGUCGUGUAUUUAUGUGUGUGUGUGUGUGUGUGUGUGUGUGUGUGUGUGUGUGUGUGUGUGUGUGUGUGUGUGUGUGUGUGUGUGUGUGUGUGUGUGUGUGUGUGUGUGUGUGUACUGUCACGGUAUUUAAAAGGCCUCUAAUGGUAAACGCGGUCUGGUGGUUGUGAAAUAUCAUUCAAGAAAGUGAAGUGAUUUUGGUUUUGUCCUUUUGGGCCGUGAUUUAAACCCAACCCUUUAGCAGUGUGUCAACUGGGCCGUUCAGACAGGAGAGACUGGAGACUGACUACAAGACAGGAGAGACUGGAGACUGACUACAAGACAGGAGAGACUGGGACUGACUACAAGACAGGAGAGACUGGAGACUGACUACAAGACAGGAGAGACUGGGACUGACUACAA